UUCGCAGACUACAUUCGACUCGAGCCCCUUUUGAGAGAUAAACAACCAGCAAGCGAGCAGUUGCGUCUGCAGUCAAUUCAAAGAUUGAAUGUUUUAAAACUUGCUUUGCAGAGGUUUCAUUGGAACCAUGGUGAACUCUGCUAACAAACGGCCCAGUUUGGAGCAGCGGAAGGUGCGUUCGCGGGAUGCGGCACGAUGUAGGAGGAGUCAGGAAACAGAGGUGUUUUAUGAGCUGGCUCACUCUCUGCCUCUUCCACGACGUAUCGCAUCCCACCUGGACAAAGCUGCCAUCAUGAGGGUUGCACUCAGCUAUCUGCGCAUGAACCGUCUAAUCCAAUCAACAGGGUCCACCAAAACACAGGCUCAUGAAGAGGUAGAGGAUCCCACUGAUGGGUUUUAUCAGCAGGCACUGGCAGGCUUCGUUCUGGUCCUGACAGAAGAAGGAGACAUGGUCUUCCUCUCAGACAGUGUCAGCAAAUAUAUCGGCAUAACGCAGCUGGAGCUGCUUGGACAGAGUGUGUAUGAUUUUGUUCAUCCAUGCGAUCAAGAUGAAGUGAGAGACAUCCUCACCAGCAGACCGGGUCUCACUAAGAAAAACACAGAGAAGUUGAUCGAACACAAUUUUUUCCUUCGAAUGAAGAGCACUCUUACCCACACGGGACGAACCGUGAAUAUUAAGGCUGCAAACUGGAAGGUUCUUCAUUGCACAGGACACAUGCAGACUCUCAGCAGCGAAGAUGAAAGUUCGCCCCCUGCUGUCAGAUUCUUGACAUUGCUCUGCGAGCCCAUUCCUCACCCAUCAAGUGUUGAAUUCCCACUGGACAGCAGCACCUUCCUCACACGCCAUAAUAUGGAUCUGACUUUCACACAGUGUGACGGGCGUGUCACCGAGCUUGUUGGAUACCAACCAGAUGAUCUGAUUGGCCGGUCGGCUUAUGAGUUCUUCCACGCUCUCGAUUUUGAUCAUGUGACCAGGAGUUUAAACAUCUUGUUCUCUAAGGGUCAGGUGUACACCAAUCACUACCGCUUUUUGGCUAAGAAUGGAGGUUUCGUUUGGACCAAGACCCAAGCCACCGUCCUCUACAACAGCAGGACCUCUCAACCUGAAGCUGUGGUCUGCCUAAACUUUAUCCUUAGUGGGGUGGAGCAAGCAGAAGUGGUCUUUUCUUUAGAACAGACCUGUGAUAAACCAAAAGUCAAAAUUGAGAAGCUGAGCAUAAUGGAAGAAGAGGACUCGGAUAUGGAGGAGAGCAGCACUGCUAAGCUUUACUUCCAGAUGAAGGAGAACCCUGAGGAGUUAAUGCAGCUGGCACCUCACUCUGGCGACGCCAUUAUUUCACUAACAGGUGGCUUCACAGAAGGUGUGGAGUUGUCUUUCUGCCGUCCACCAAGUCCCAACAGUGUCCCAGAAUGCCCUCAGGACUUUUGUACACCUGAACUCCGCAAACUCCUCUCACCAAUAUUCGACAAGCCAUCCAAAGCCCCACCUGCUGCUAGCCCAGAUGAAGAGCUACCUAUGGAGAUGGAUGGGGUGGAGAGGUUCUUCGCCGUUAAACCUGAGGAGAGCGUACCUGUUAAAGGAUUGACAGAGAACAUAGAUGAGCUGGAUCUGGACAUGCUAGCUCCAUACAUUUCAAUGGAUGAUGACUUUCAAUUGACCUUCCUGCCCCAGGGCACCGAGACGGCCACAUCAUCUCCAGAAAUGCGAAGCAACACUUCAAGAAAACGAAGUUUAGAAGAUGAGGAAGAGGAUGACAUUCCUGUUUUGGCUAUCAGAUGGAAGACAAGACAAUUGAGCAGCUCCAUAGAGGAAGACCUGCUGCUCAGCCACAACAUACUGAAAAACUAUGUUUCGGAAGAAUUUGAGUUGCCUCCUCAAAAGCGAACUCACCUUUUGACUGAUCGAGAUCCUUUGCUGGGCGAGCAUCAGGCUUUGUGUGAUACAGCAGCUCUGAUGAGGGAUAACUUUAUCACCCGUCCGCCUGACUUAAUGAAACCACUUGCUGACACCCUGUCAUCACUCACUUGAAAGGAAGAUGACAAAGAAGAUCACAGCUGUCAGCGUGAAAACCAACCGGUUACAGGGAGGGUUAUAAAUAAAUAGUCAGCAUCCUCUUAAUAUACUCAACAAGCAUCAAUGUAACACAUUACAGAAAGCGAUGUUUUGCGCACAACAUUUGGAGGAUAAUGGGCUGUCAAAUUAUAUUCUUUCACCUAAAUUUGUACCAUUUUUCUUUCUUUUUUUUUGGUAUACCAUAGGGAAAUUUCUAGUUAUUUUAGUCAGUAUUGGUUUAUAGACCAAAUAGAUUUAGUGUGGUGUAGUCAAAUAAGAUCCAUUGGGUGUCCAUUUGCAUUAAAGACCUUGAUUGUAGAAUUGACAGAAAAGACAUGUCCAAGAAAACAUUGGUGCUCUGAAUACCCGAGUUUUGUGCCGGUCACUCCAAAUUCGUUCAAGCACAAAUUGGGCCACAGGUGUUCGUAAUUAUUCAAAAAUGAGAAUAUAUUAGGAAUAGUUAGACUCAACUGUUAUACCAUAUUUAGCCUUAAUCUAAAUCUGUAAAUCUCACAAUUUCAAGCAUAACAUCACCAUAUUGAGGCUGUAUUGUAUUACACACAGCAAUCCUCUGCUUCAACAGGUUUAUAAUUAAAGGACCGUUUUGUCCUGUGAUGGAAUUAUGGGAUCGAAUGGAUAUAAUCAUGCUCUUGAUGUAACAGAUAAUUCACUGAGGCCAUGGCUGACAAACGCAACAAAUACUCUCUGGUGACAUCUUUUUAUAAAGCAUUUUAUAUACUUUUGCAAUACAGUCUUGUGAAGCUAUACUUGUGUAUUUUUGGUGUUUAACUACAAAUAUUGUUUUCUGUUGUGUCGAAAAUUUAAAUUACACAUAUAACCGUUUUUAAAUAGACUGUGGUGGUGACGCACUGCAGUUUAAUAAUUGACUGAACAUCGUUUGUCUUUUUAAUGAGAGAUGAUAUAACAACCAAUUUGCUAAUGAGUUGUUUAAAAAAAACAGUUCACAGUAAUCAUCUUUGGCAAAUCUGAUCUUGUUUUAUGUUGAUAUUACAAGUUCUGGAUCAUCCUUUACACAUCAGCGAUCAGUUUUUAAAUAGUGGUGUACAAGGUUAGUUGUGGUGCUUUUCCAUUUUACUGUGAAUCUGUUCUGUUCCCCUAAUUUCUGUACAGUGUAGCUUGUACAGACGUGAUUCAAGGGGCCUUAUUCAAAUGGUAUGAACUAUGAAGACAUGCCUUUUUACAUAUGGAUUAGUUCUUUAAAUACUCCAGACUUUGUGUAUAUUACUUGUGUAUUUUUGGAUCAUUUAUUUUCAACGUACUUUUAUCUUGCAUCAACAGGUAAAGAAAUAAAACACGUUCAAUGCA